AUGGCGUCAACAAAUCUCGUAAAGCCUCGGAUAACAACAUUCACUUCUUCCACACUGCCACCUCGCAGCCUAUUUAUUACUCCCUACCAUCCUACCCGAACCAUCACCACCGGCAUACAACUACACUCCGCAUUAUUGAUCAAUCGCAUUCGCCGGUUCCACGCCGGUGCUAGAAGACCUCAUCUUUCCCCACCAACCAAGAAGGUUCUGAUGUCCGCAUCCUUCUUCUCUUUCCUAGGAUCGCUUUUCAGUUCCAGUGCGAGCGCAGAAAACAAUAUGACUUAUCCCGACCAGCGAACGGAUGAAGAAUGGCGAGCAGUGCUCUCUCCAGAACAAUUCCGAAUCAUCCGUCAAAAAGGCACCGAACCCCCCGGCUCCGGUAAAUUCGAUUCGCACUACCCCUCCACAGGCGUCUACAAUUGCGCUGCCUGCGAUGCGCCGCUCUACAAGGCAGACACCAAAUUCAAAUCUGGCUGUGGCUGGCCUGCAUAUUUUGAUUCCGUGCCCGGAGCGGUUACGCGACAUACAGAUCGGGCAUUUGGUAUGGAACGGACUGAGAUUGUGUGUAGCAAUUGUGGAGGGCAUUUGGGCCAUGUGUUUAAGGGAGAGGGAUACCCGACGCCGACGGAUGAGAGGCAUUGUGUGAAUAGUAUCAGUUUGAAGUUUAGCGAGGAUGAGUCGGGUGUGAAGGGGGAUAAGCAGGAGUCUAAAGUUUAG